AUGAUGUCCUCUCGCGUCGCCCGCUCCGGCCUCCGUGCUGCCCAACAGUUCUCCGCGCCUCGCUUGGCCUUCAACGGCCUGCGCUCCUAUGCCACCCCGGCCGCCCAGGAAGUCCGCCCCCCAGUCGCUCUUUUCGGUGUUGACGGCACCUACGCCUCUGCUCUGUUCACUGCUUCUUCCAAGUCUGCUUCUCUCGACUCCACCGCCAAGGCCAUUGCCAACCUCAACCAGACCUUGAAGGCCGACAAGAAGCUCACCUCCAUCCUCGGCACCCCGACCCUUUCCAACUCCGACAAGAAGCAGAUCAUUGAGGAGCUCCAGAAGAUUGCCGGUGCCGACAAGGCCGAUAUCCUCAAGAACUUCCUCGACACUCUGGCCCAGAACAACCGCCUUGGCUCCCUCGAGGGUGUUUGCGACAAGUUCGCUACCCUGAUGGGUGCUUACCGUGGUGAGAUCGAAUUGAACAUCACCAGCGCUCAGGAACUCGACACCAAGACCAUCAACCGUCUCGAGAAGGCCGUCUCCAAGUCCGAGCUGAGCCAGGGCAAGAAGCUCAAGGUUGUCACCAAGGUUAACCCCGACCUUGUUGGUGGACUCGUUGUCGAGAUUGGUGACCGCACCGUCGACCUCAGCGUUUCUUCCAAGAUCGCCAAGUUGAACAAGGCUUUGACCGAUGCUUUGUAA